CGCGCUCGAGCGGCGGGCGGUUUGGGCGGGUUCCGGGGGCCGGCGGGGCGCGGGGCCGGGCCACCCCCGCCGCUCCGGCCAGGCGCACCUAUGGCGUUUCCCAGGUGACGCACCCGCACCGACUCUCUCCGCGGGCGGAAGCGACACACAUGAUCCCUUCGGCGACCUUCUUCGCCGGGCGCCAGAACAUCGGGUCAGAAGUUGAGAAUUCCACUAUUGAGAAACAACGGAAGGAGCUACAGGUGCUCAUUGGAGAAUUAAAAGAUCGAGAUAAAGAGCUCAAUGAUAUGGUCGCUGUGCAUCAAAGACAGCUUCUUUCAUGGGAAGAGGAUCGGCAGAAAGUGUUGACUUUGGAGGAACGUUGCAGCAAAUUAGAAGGCGAACUACAGAAAAGAACUGAAAUAAUCAAGUCACUCACAAAGAAGGUAAAAGUCCUUGAGUCCAAUCAAACUGAAUGCCAAAUAGUCCUUCAGAAGACUCAACUGCAGCUUCAGGAGAUGGCUCAAAAGGCAACACAUUCUUCCCUCCUCUCUGAAGAUCUUGAGGCUAGAAACGAAAAUCUCAGCAACACAUUAGUGGAACUUUCUGCUCAGGUAGGACAAUUACAAGCUAGAGAACAGGCUCUCACUACAAUGAUAAAGCUUAAGGACAAAGAUAUUAUUGAGGCAGUCAAUCACAUUGCAGAUUGUUCGGGUAAAUUUAAAUUGUUAGAACAUGCUUUACGUGAUGCUAAGAUGGUGGAGAAUUGUAUUGUGAAAGAAAAGCAAGAUUAUAAGCAGAAACUGAAGACACUUAAGAUUGAAGUCAAUAAACUAAGAGAGGACCUAACCGAAAAGACAACAGAAAAUAAUGAACAGCGAGAAGAGAUCAUUCGCCUUAAGCAAGAGAAAAGUUGCCUGCACAACGAAUUGGUUUUUACUGUAGAGAGAGAAAAGAGGAAAGAUGAGUUACUGGAUAUCGCAAAGUCAAAGCAAGAACGUACAAAUUCAGAACUGCAUAAUUUGAGACAGAUUUAUGUAAAACAACAGAGUGAUCUGCAGUUUCUUAACUUCAAUGUGGAGAAUUCUCAGGAAUUAAUACAGAUAUAUGACUCAAAGAUUGAGGAAUCGAAGACCCUGGCAUCCAGCAGAGACAUGUGUUUGUCAGACCUUGACAAUAACUACCCAAAAGUCGAUGCUAAGAGGGAGAAAAAUCAGAAGUCACCAAUUAAGGACCCAAAAUUUGAGGACACAUUGGCUCAGCAAAAUAGGCCAGACAAGAUUUCUUGUGAGGUAUGCAAAGGGAAGAAACUACAGAUUAAUACUGAAUCAGGGGAAAAAAGUAUAAUUGCUUUCUCAUCUCUGUUUACAAAAGACUUAAUAGAGAAACAAAAGUCUUGGUCUCUGGGCGGAAAAAUCCAGAGUGAACCUGAAAACAAAAUCACAAUGUGCAAGGUCCAUGCAACAUCACCAAAAUGUAGUGGAAUUAGGUUUCAGAAUGAAGAGAAGCAGUUCUUAGAAACUUCGGCAUCUUUACCUGAUGAAAAGCAGUGGCAUGAUGUCAGUGUUUACCUGGGCCUGGCCGACUGUUCUGAUUCAAAGCCGCUCCAAAAGCUGGAUGUGGACUGCCAUGAGCCAACAGAAAGGGCUGAGGUCUCAUGCUGCCCCAGGAGUGAAGGCUGUCAGACUGACAGCGGCCUGUGGGAGUCCAAGUGCUGCCACCCAAGUAACUUCAUAAUCGAAGCCCCAGGCCACAUGUCUGACGUGGAGUGGAUGAGCAUCUUCAAGCCUUCUAAAAUGCAAAGAAUCGUUCGCCACAAAUCUGUGUGCACUUGUUCAGGAAGCGUCAGUGCAACAAAGUACAACUCCUCGGCAAGUGAGCUAAUUGCCAUCCAGCAUUCCCACUGUUUGAGUUCUUCAAAAUCUGCCCUAAAAGAGGAUGAGACAGAGGCCCCUCCUGAUAAAAGUAAUUCAUCCAAGGGUUUGUUAACCAACAAAGAUGCAGCGUCAUCCAGCAAAAAGGAAGACUUUUCACCUACAAGUAAGCUUCAGCGGUUGCUGGCAGAGUCUCGGCAGAUGGUCACCGAUCUGGAGCUGAGCACGCUGUUGCCCAUCAGCUGUGAGAAUCCAGACAGCAGUGCCAGAAGUAACUUAGAAGUCUCAGAAGAGUCAGAUCAAAAGAACACCUUUGCCAGUCACUGAAGAAAACUAAGUCAACCCGAGUAUUUAUUGUUAUCUUGGCAGCAGACUUCUCAUCUACACGGAGGGCAGAAGGCAGACACCGAUCUGGCUUCACCUCAGAACCAGAGAGGACUGUGAUCCUCACAGGCAACAUUUAACACCAAAGUGGAGCAGAAACUGAAAGUUCAUUUUUUUAAACAUCUAUUGUUUUCAUUUAACCAAUUUCAUGUCCAAGAAAUAUUUCCAUUUGUAAGCAGUGAGGCCUCAUUGUAUGUAAGUAUGGAAUUAUGCUAACACGGAAAAAGGCCUCUGUAAAGGUGCAGACGGCAGCUGGGUGCCGGAGACUCUUCCCGCGGGAGAUGAGGUAGAGCACCUGCGUGUAGAUGCCUCCUAACCACCUGCUUUCCUAAACCCUGGGCAGAUGUGGAAUUAUAGCCAGGAGCUCACCAGACUCAGCUCCAGAUGUAUGAGGAUUAGUAUUCUCUUCUCAUACAGUGUUAGCUCUGGACUUUGCUGUGUUGACAGACAUGAGAUGAUAUGAUAUAAAAUGUUUUAAAGGGGAAAAUAUUGCCUUGGUGGCUGACAGGUGAGGUACAUCCGUCCUAAACCAUCAGAGCCCUGAGCCCUGUCUUGUCUGGGUCCAUAACUCAAACAGAAACUUGCUAGAAGACCAAAUUUCAUGUGAAUUUUUUUAUAUUAAAGACUAAAAUACUUCCAUUUUAACUUGUAAUUUUAUUUUUUAAAGAAUAUAUUGUGUGCCUCUGUGUCCCUUCCAAGAGAACUGAUCAACUUCAGUCAAUAAAAAAUAUUUUUAAUACUAAAAAAAAAAACUGUUCUUUUUAAAAAUUAUAUAGGAAUAAAAUAAGGAUGGUUAGUUAUUUAAACAGAACCUGGCAAGUUAAUUUCCUCAGGAAUGGGAAUGUAUUUUUUUUUUUAAGCAACACAGAUAUCAAAGUUCCAUUGUGCUGGAUAAAUGCGCCUUUGUUAAAGGUUUCAGUGCUUCUUCAGAGAUGAUUUUCAUGAGAGUGGAAGAGCCACCCCAGUUAGCCUUUUUAAUUAGGGUACUGAGAAGAGAAAUUGGGCGAGGUUUGGCCGCAUUCUUCGUAAAUACUUGCUUUCUCCCCAGGCUAGUUGUUCAGAGCAAGAUUGGGAAAGGUGUAGUUGGUUCCAAACCACGCUUGCCAAGUCGGGAAUAUAAGCUAUCCCUGGAUAGGCUGGCUUCCAAUCUGAGAAUCAAAAUGUUAAAUUUUCUUCCUUGUAUGACAGGUUUGUGAUCACAUAUACCCUGCCUGCUAGAAAGGAAACACUGACUAGAUGCUAAGUUGGAAAA